AAGCUCUGGCAUGAAGAAGGUGUUUGGGACCAUGACAUGUAUAGCGAGGAGGAGCAGGGACCUAAAUCAAGUGAGGAGCUUGUGAGAAUAUAUGGCUACGAUAUUCGUUCAGAACCGACGCCUCCUAGAGCUCGAAGAUGGAGGCGCUAUGGCCGUGGCCCUAAGAUAUAUGAGCGCAGCUGGGAAAAUGAAGGAACUUACACCCUCCGGUCAAGGUCAGGACGCGGGGGAGGAGCACGUGGUGGUCGAGAAACCAGGGGUGGAAGCCUGGUUGAAAACCCCCAAUUCCACGAUGAGGACUUCCCCGACCUUCACUCGAAGCCCUCUGAAAAUACCGCCACAAUGCAGCUGAACAGGGCAGAAGUAAAGUCGUCAGCCAAGCCUGCAGGGUUCAAAGGCUCAGACUUGACAGGAAGCAACAGUUCUCAACAGAGAAAUGGGACAAUACAGUGAAAGGUUCUGGAAUGACCCACUGGGGUUGGGGCAAGCGUCCUUCUCUACCUCCCAGGGCAGUACCAGAUGCACCACCAAAGCAGCAGGACAGCAACGUUAAGGAGGAUGUACCCCUAGGGCAUCGUGUCAGCAGCCCUGCACCACAGUCACCAAUGAUGACUGUUGAAGCGCCUCAAGUUUCACCUACUGCUGGCAAAAGUCAAGCUAUUCAGCAUCUGCUGAGCAAGCAUGAUCAAAGCAAAAAGGAGUAUGAGGCACUCAAGAAGUUUGCUGCUAAAGGAGAGCUUCAGGAUGGUGAUAACACAGAUUUGAAGAGGAGCACAGCAACUACAGUGACACCUAGGGGAGGCCCUGUAGGAAGUUCUGAAUCUGAAGCCAAGCCAAGCCGUUACUCUUCAUUGCGACAACGUUCCCUUGCAGAGGUAUUGAUGAGCAAUUGA